UAGCAACCAAACCAGCCAGGUAGCAGGGUUAGUCAUCAAGCAAACUAACCAACAAACAAGUCAUUCAGCCAGGUAAACAACAGAAGCAGCGAAAAAUCACACACACAUCUAUAGAUGUGCUAGGUGUGUAUGUAGGUAUAAUUCAUUCAGGUGAGUUCGUUUCAUCAUCAUUCGAUUGGCAUUUUUGAAAUUCAUUCGAAAUAAACAAAAACAAACAAGGAAAAAUGCGUCUAAAAUUAAUCUUACUUGUUUUGUUUUUAAUCAAUUUAAAUGAUUCGGCCAUUGCCAUAAAAUGUUUUCAAUGUGACAGUAAUAUUGAUCUGGAAUGUAGCGAAUAUUUUGAUCCAGAUAUGACUAGUUUACAAUCAAAAUCAUGUGAUAAUGUUUUUGAAGCAAGAUUCUGUAUUAAAACAACCGGAAUGUAUGGUGGUGUUAUCGGUACAAUUCGAAAUUGUUCAUCACGGGAUUUAGGUGAUCGUUGUUCAUACUUGAAACGACCCGGUGAUCAACGUUAUGUUCGUAGUUGUGUUUAUACUUGUUCAUCGGAUGAUUGUAAUCAUGCUCAAAAAAUUAACCAUUCGUUACCAUUAUCCAUCACCCUCAUCAUAUUUAUAACAUCGAUUUUUUAUUUAUAAAAAAAAUAAAAUCAAAUGGCUGGUAAAUU